AUGCCUGAGCUUCAGUCGCACAAUGGGUACUACCUCUGGCAUUACGUGCCGAACCUGGUAGCGGCCAUCAUCUUCGAGGUCCUGUUCGUUCUGGUCACGCUCUUCCACGCGUGGAAGAUUGCAAGGACAAAGACGUGGUUCUGUAUCGUCUUCUGCAUAGGCGGCGUUCGUCGAGCAAUUGCCCGCGAAAAAACCGGCGAGAUCGGCCCUUACAUCAUGCAGAGUGUCACGAUCCUUGUCGCGCCGGCCCUCUUCGCGGCGUCCGUCUACAUGACGCUCGGCAGGAUCAUCCGCAGCGUGCACGGCGAGUCGCUGUCCGUCAUCCGCGUCAACUGGCUCACGCGCAUCUUCGUGACGGGUGACGUCUUCUCGUUCCUAGUGCAAGCGAGCGGCGCCGGGCUCAUGGUCAAGGACGGUAGCCAAAACAUGGGACAGAACCUCAUUGUGGCGGGACUGGUGAUCCAGGUUGUACUGUUUGGCGUCUUCUGGGUCACGGCCAUCCUUUUCCACGUCAGGCUGUCCAAGUACCCGACGGAGGCGUCUGCCAGCGGCCACUCGCCGUGGAAGUCGGGUCUCUGGAUGCUAUACUCAGUCAGCGCCUUCAUCAUGGUGCGGUCCGUGUUCCGACUGGUCGAGUACGUCAUGGGCAACGACGGCUACCCUCUGCGGAACGAGUGGACGCUGUACGUGUUCGACGCGAUGCUCAUGUUCUUCGUCAUGGUCGCUUUCGGCUACCGGUUCCCCGCGGCGUUCCAGUUGAGAAAGCGAGGCUCCCAGUCGACGUCGGACGUCGAGAAUUACGACAUGACAAUGGAAAACGAUGGACAUCAGCGUGCGUCUCUGCGCAAAUCUAUGCGUUGA